AUGGCUAGUGCGGAUGAUGGGUGGGGCGUCGCGACCCGCAUCCGUUGCACAUCCCGAGGUCGUGAACAACCCACGUCGGCGCUUAGUUUACUCUUGCAAUACAGGGCUUCUCCGCCCAUUUUCUUGUAUACAUCGCACGUAACUAUGAACUCCAAGUCGCUGCGCCGUCUCGCGACCGACCACGGCUCUCUGCAUACAGCUGGCCUACCUCCGAAUUACCUCUUUCCCCCUUCCUCAGAUGGUUCCGCAGAUCUGACCUCUCUUGAUAUCCUACUUGCUGGUCCGGUCGGCACACCCUACGCCGGCGGUGUUUGGCGACUACACCUUGAUAUUCCUUCUACGUAUCCUAUCGCUCCGCCCACAGCACAGUUCCGCACGCGGCUCUGGCACCCAAAUAUUGACGAAGCUACCGGCGCUGUAUGCGUGGAGACUUUGAAAAGAGACUGGAGUAGUACGCUGAAGUUGAGGGAUGUGCUUGUUACAAUAUCAUGUCUGUUGAUUCAGCCAAAUCCGGCGAGUGCGCUGAAUGAGGCGGCGGGCAAGUUGGCGACGGAGGACUGGCAGGGAUACUGCAGACGGGCAAAGCUGAUGACAGAGAUCCAUGCUGCUAUUCCGAAAAACAUCGCGAGCGAGGUCAAAGAAGCGCAGAUGAGGGGCGAAGAUAGCGUUCCUGAGCCUAAGCCUGAGCCGUCAGUCCCGAAGAUUCAGACUAGGGGCAAGGACAAGGAGCGUGUCAAGGUCACACCAACAGCCUCCAAGGUGCAACGAUUAGCCUCAGAAGAUGAGGAAAACACACGACAGCGAGGGGAGACACAAGAACCGGAGAGCGACCCCGAGAGCGACUGGAUACCUGGGCCUGACAAGCCUGCACCUCCAGCGGCCCGACGAGACAAUAACAACAUUUUCGGCAUCAAAGGGCUAGAGGAGACCAUACAACUCGAUACACCACCUAAACGCAUGUUCGCCCCGCACGUGGUAGCACCUCCUCCUGAUGAGGAGAAUGAUCACGACAACUCUGAUCCUUUCAUUACUGUGGCGACCAAGCGCGCCAACCCUUCCUUCGACCUGCGACUCCCUCCCGCCUCAACCCUCGCAUCAUCAUCACUCGCACAACCGCCCUCAACAGAUACCCCGGAACUCCUCAAGUUUUCACACCAGAACCCUUUCUCCGCCAUCCAGCCCAACAACCAAACACACAUCUUGAUCAAGGAAUUCUCUUACUCGUGGGAAGAGUCGGAGAUUGUGCACGAGACGGGAACCUUCAAGGACGGCGCAAGUAGGGUGGAGACGAGGAAACGAAUAGCGGGCGAAGAGUUUGAGAAGAAGAAAGACUGGGAGAUGAAGAGGUUCAAGAAGGCCGGGUAUCAUGUGGGACGGUACAAUAGGGGAGAUUGGGGACCGAGGAUGGGGAUUGGCCGGCUUUGA